AUGGAGUCGCAGGCUCAGAGCAGCAAGGGCGAUUCCAGCAAGUCACCAAUGCCGCACGGUGGCGAGGGCGAUGAACCUGGCAAGGAUGAUUCCAGCAAGUCGCCAAUGCUGCACCGCGGCAAGGGCGAUGAACCCAGCAAGGCGCCGCCCACGCCUCAGAUGCUUCCCAUCACAAGGCCACCCAAGCCCGGCACAAGGGGGCGGCGCAUAACGCUGCUCACCAACCACUUCAAAGCCUCCUGGAAGCCAGCGCAUGACUUCUUUUACCACUAUCACGUAGAUCUCAAGUACGCAGACGGUCAACCCGCUGCUGGGGAACGCGUGGGGAGGAAAGUGAUGAGGCAGCUUUACGAGACCUACGCCUCUGACCUCGCAGGCAAGCAAUUCGCCUACGACGGCGAGACGGGCCUCUACACCGCUGGGCCUCUUCCUUUUACCACCAAUGUGUUUGAGGUUAUCCUGGUUGAUGCUUCAUCCCGAAGGAUUGCAGCAACGAGCGGGAGCCAUGGAGGAGAUGGCAGCCCAGGGCCAAGUGACAACAAGAGAAUGAAAACAGAAGCACACUCCAAAAUUUUCAAGGUGGAGAUAACCUUCGCGGCAAAGGUUCGGAUGAACAAUUCCUCACAGGAUGCUCUUCGGGUUCUCGACAUCAUUCUGAGGCAGCACUCUGCAAAACAGAAUUGCCUUUUAGUCCGACAGUCUUUUUUCCGUGGAGAUUCCCGUUACUUGGAGUUGGGUGGCGGUGUUCGCGGUUGUCAGGGUUUUUAUUCUAGCUUUCGACCCACUCUCAGUGGGCUCUCACUCAAUGUUGAUUUAACCACCACGAUGGUAGUGAGACCCGGGCCUGUGAUUGACUUUCUACUCUUCAACCAGGAUGUGAAGGACACUUCCAGAAUUGACUGGCGCAAAGCCAAACGGGCACUGAACAAAUUAAGGAUCGAGACCAUUCACACCAAGGCAGAAUUUACGAUUACUGGAUUGACCGAAAACAAUUGCAAUGAGCAGACUUUCCCACAAAAGCAAAAAGAUGGCAACACUGUGGAUGUAACUGUCUAUGAUCACUUCAUGAAUCGUUGGUCUAUGAAGAUGGAAAAGUCUGCUAAUUUGCCCUGUCUAAUUGCGGGGAAGCCAAUGCGCCCAACAUACCUCCCGCUGGAGGUUUGCAUUCUACUGCCAUUACAAAGGUAUAAAAAGUCACUGUCAACGUUGCAAAGGUCAAAGCUGGUGGAGGGAUCCAGGCAGAGGCCGGAUCAAAGGAUGUUGAGCUUAUCUGGUGCGUUGCGUGCCAAUAAUUAUAAUUCCGAUCCAAUGCUGAGGGAAUGCGGCAUUGCGAUAGAUCCAGAGUUUACUCAAGUCGAGGGUAGAGUCCUUCAGGCACCACAGUUAAACUCUGCAGAUGGUAGAGAACUUCGUACACCUAAUGGGCGGUGGAACUUCAAUAAUGACAGGUUCAUUCAACCCAUAAAAGUGAAGAUGUGGGGAGUUGUUAAUUUUUCUGCACGAUAUAAUGUUGAAGAUCUUGUCAGCCGCCUUGUCCAAUCUGGUGCCAAGAAGGGAAUUGAAAUGGCCAAAUGUGGCGCUGUAAUUGAGGAGAGUCAUCAAACGAGACGGGAGCCUCCGACAAAAAGGGUAGAGGCUAUGUUUGAGCAGAUAAAAGCAAAGCUAAAAAGGAAACCAGACUUUCUCUUUCUCCUGUGUGUUCUUCCUGAGAAAAACUCUGACAUCUAUGGACCGUGGAAGCGUGAAUGCCUUGUGAAACAUGGUUUCUUUACGCAAUGCUUGGUUCCUCCUGCCAAUAUCAAAGAUCAGUACCUCACAAAUGUGCUGCUAAAGAUAAAUGCAAAGCUUGGCGGGUUGAAUUCAUUGCUAAAAAAGGAAACAAUCCGUGCUAUUCCUCACGUGUCGAGGGUACCAACCAUCAUCUUUGGUAUGGAUGUUUCCCAUGGUUCACCAGGACAAAAUGUACCAUCAGUUGCUGCAGUGGUUAGUUCAUUGAAGUGGCCAAUCAUGUCGAAGUACAGAGCUUCUGUGUGCACUCAGUCACCCAGGCUGGAAAUGAUUGAUACCUUGUUUAAGCCAGUUGGAGAUGAUGAUCAUGGCCUCAUUAAGGAUUCACUAGUUGACUUCCUCGGAAACAACGAUGGUCAGAGGCCGGAACAAAUUAUCAUUUUCAGGGAUGGCGUUAGUGAGAGCCAGUUCAAUCAGGCACUGAACGAGGAGCUAGCUCAGAUCAUGGAGGCAUGCAAGUUUUUUGGUGGCAAGCAUUUUAAUGGUAACUGGUUCCCCAAGUUCACAUUGAUAGUUGCACAGAAGAAUCAUCACACGAGAUUUUUCUCGCGAAAUGGACAGAGACCUAAUCAUUCUGCUUUUGUGUUCCAGGGGACUACAAGGCCAACACACUACCAUGUUCUCCACGAUGAGAUAGGCUUCUCUGCUGAUGAGCUGGAGGAGCUCGUGCACUCCCUAUCCUAUGUGUACCAGAGGAGCACCACAGCAAUCUCAGUAGUUGCUCCCAUCUUCUACGCACACCUUGCAGCGGGCCAGGUGGCCAAGUUCACCAAGAUCGAUGAUAUGUCGGAGACAUCGUCCCAGGCUGAGGCUGCCCCGGUGCCGGAGCUGCCUCGUCUGCAUCCCAAUGUAGCGUCAACGAUGUUCUUCUGCUGAGUCGCACAGUUUCCCC